CGUGUAGCUAUUAGACAUAGUUGUCAAUUGUUCGAUGAUGCUUAACCCCGCUUAACCCCGGCGGCGGCGGAGGUCGGAUACAUCAUAAUUCCAAAUCGCCAGAUAACAGCAGCCAGCAGCGAUGGUCUGACAACUAGCUGCGCUCCCCUAAUUUAAACAAUUGACAACCACCACACCCUUACACUAAUCACAACAACAACACAACACCACAACACCACAAAGCAGCCCUUGGCAUCCUCCUUCCUUCGUACCCCACUAAAAACCCCUUUAAUCUCAACCUCCAGCAUACUGAAUUCCAAAUACCCAACAACCCACAAACGCAAACGCAAACGCAAACGCAAUGGAAGGAUCCAGGAACCGGAAACAACGCCGCGCCGCCGCAGCAGCAGCAGCGAAACAACCCGACGCGUUCGACCCAGCCUCGAUCCCUCUCGCCCAUCCCCCACCGGCUUCCGCUUCUUCUUCUUCCUCCGCCGCGACCGGCCAGAAGACACUGGUGGAUAUUAUCGCCGAGAGACAGGGUGCGCUCCUGGGACAACUCGCUUCUACCCCCAGCGGGAACGCAGGUACACAGUUUGUGACGGUGGAUCCGCGGACGGGGCAGAUUUCCGCCGUUGACGAGGCGAGUCUGUCGACCGAGACGAAGACGAAGGCGAUCAAGCGGGCGGAAAAGGCGCGGCGGAAGCAGCAACAGCAGGAACAACGGGGCAAAGGAGAUGCAGGAGUGGGGGAUAAGGAUCUCUCUGGUGAAGAUGAGGAUGAGGACGAGGACGAGGACGACGAGGAGGAAGAAGAAGAAGAAGAAGAAGAAGAGCUCGAACACCCGAUCCCCCCCGUCAUCGACACGCUGCUCCUCGCCGUACCGCUGACGACUCUCCAUCUAACGCUCGCGUAUCUCGCCGCGCACCAGUACGCCCAGGAGAUCGAGCUCGAGAAACUCGUCCGCGAAUCCGCCUUUGUCGCUUUCCCCAUGCUGGCGCUGCUGAUCCACCUCGCCCAUGGACAUAUUGUCUCCUUCCUUGGGGUCACGAACAGCAAACAGGAAACCGUCUCGCUCUUACCGUGGGACAGUGAGAAGCUGUCGUGGGCGUUUAUGCGCAGGCUUCUCUUCCCGCCAAGUCUACGCACUCUGGUGUUCCUCCCGCUGACGGGCUUCCUGGGGUGUAAGCUGAUGCUGAUGACAAAUGAGGAUCCCUACUACGCGGUCAUGAAGCAUGCGCCGGCCUUCGGCACCAUGUGGAUUUGGGGGGUUUUGGAGAUGUCAUUCGGACCGGCAGUGCUCGGUGCGUUGGGCCCAUUGAUCUGGGGUGUCUGGUGGAUGGGAUAUGGGAUUAUCUGAUUUAGUCUGGUCUGGUCUUGC